AUGGAACCACGCACGCCUCCCAGCCAGGCGGAACGAUCCGAGCAGGAAGCGGCGGCAAACGAACUCCUGGCCAGCGUCGACCUCGCAAAGGCACUCGAAUUCAUCAACAACAACCAGCACAGACAACAGCCCCGUCUGGUUGACCACCAAGCCCAAGCCCACGCCACCAGCCCAGACACCAAGACGACCCCCACCCAGCAGCCGCCCCGGAACACCGCCGAGCCCAGCAGCCCACAGCCAGAGCCCAGCAGCACGACGACCAGCCCCGCCAGGAACCAGCGCCUCAAGACGAUAUCCAUCUCCAUCCUGCGCUCCGUCGCCCGCAAACGCGACUUCUCCGCCGGCCCACACCCCGCCAUCCCCUCCGACCAGCCAGCCAUCCACUCCCUGCCCCCCGCCCUGCAAUCCAUCCUCAGCGACCAUCACCAUCACCCCAACGAGCUCACCCCCGCCAAACGGCCCUUCUUCAUUGUCGAUGUCCGGUCUGUAACCGCCGCCGCAGAAAGGCAUCAAGCCAAUCCCAACCAGAUUCGAAGAGUAGAAGAAUGCAAACGGUUCUUCUCCCUGCGAUACGAGCCCAUCUUUACCACCCUCGCCGAAGGAAAACCGCCCCCAAGCCUGGUCAAGGUCGUAGAAUGGAGAAGAAAGCUGCAGCUGGUCUCGAUCCUGCGCCAGAAGCGCGAAGAAUCCUUCCGGUCCACCAGCCAAGCCUCCGCCGAGCAGCUCCGGAGAGCCCACGACGAGCCCUCGAGCGCAGAGGAGCUGAGACUCAAGCUCAGGAUGACCACCAUCGACCCGCCCAGCCUGCUGUCGACCCUUUCCCCCCAGCAGAACAAGUGGAUCUGUCUCAGCUCGCGCAAACGACGGACGAUGUGGGAGAUCUGUCCAGAGGAUAUACAGGCUUACAUGGCCACACAGGGGAUGAUAGAGGACGAAGAAGAACUACGCGAGGCCGAGCGCCUCUUUGGCCAAUUCGACGAACAUCCCGUCCGCCACCACAAAUCUAGUCGCCAACGAGUCAACAGCAGCAAUAAGUCGGCCAGCCGGUGGUUCAGUGAUGCCCACGUCUCGACCGGCCAACUCUCCGACCACGACUCAACCCGCUCCCCGCACAGCGGCCAAGGCUCCUUCCACAGCCAGACCCACCACCACCACCACCUGCGCAAGCCAUCCUCAGGAACCUCCUCAUCCCGCGCCAUCCGAGCCGACGGAUCAACCUCCUAUGCAGAAACAUCCUCGAGCCUUCCCAGGGUAUCCAACUUGACCAACUACCGCUACUCCUCCGACAUGUCCUCCCAGGACAAGUACCCCCGUCUCCACCAGACCAGCUCAGACCUCGAAGAGCGUGAGCCGCACGCCGGCUCGAGCCAGCCCAACCCAGAAGACCUGUCGCUGGAUGUCCACAAUCUGAGCUGGUCUGGCAAGACCCCCGUCUCCUCGCCCCACGUCUCCUCGGCCAUACCCCUCUCGCCCCUGGAGAAACUCCACCCACGAGGCUCGGCCAACCUCCUCUCAUCAUCAUCAGCAGCAGCAGCAGCAGCAGUGCUCCCCGACGACUACCAUACCCCACCCCACUCCCAAGCCAAGUCGCCCUCCACCGCCCCCCCGCCCGCCCGGCACAGCAGUGACUACGGCCCCCGUCCAUCCAAGCCGGCCCUAGUCAAAUCGAAAGUCAAGAAAUACCACAGCGCAUGGAGCGCCACGGACGACAAUGCCCAUCCACCCGCCGGCUCGUCCCCUCUAAGAUCCAACUCCCAGCCACACGUCGUGGACCCAUCAGGCCUCGCCCGCCACUCCAAACAGCGCCUCACCAGUCUCGGCCACGGCCUGACAACCACAAGCCACCCCACUGCGGCCCACCAUCAUCCAGGCUCGUCGCCCGAGAAGCCGAACCUUUCGCGGGCCGCGUCGGCCAAGGGUCUGCUCCACUUCGCCAAGCGCUCCAUCAUCCCUGACCUCCCCUCCGCCCCCGGCCCAUCCCUCGGCCCCUCCGUCCUCGCUCCCACUGCCCGCCCCUCCAAGUUGGCCUUCUUCCACAAACCGCCGCGCGAUUGGCGCGGCUGGAAAUUCGACAAAUCUCACCUCCUCUUCCGCACCUCGAACGACAAGAAACAAGCCUCCCCUGCCGACCUCUUCCCCCCCGUUAACGACAUCCUCUUCGUCAGCCCCUUCCACCAGCCCCUCCGGACCCCUAACCAUCUCCCUCGAACAGGCCUCCACUCCUUCGCUGCGAGCCAACAGACCGUCAACCUGCCUAUUCUUAUGACCGACCUCACUGACGAAGAGGCCCAGGAAAUCGAAAUGUUGGUCGUCAUGUUGGCCAGUCAAGUCGAGCAUUCUGCACUCGCGAACAAGCAGAAUCGGGAGGAGUACCGGAAGCAUGCGGGGCUGCUACCGGAUAUCCGGCAGGAGAUCGGACUGGAAGCGAUGCCGAUCAGGAUGGCGGUUGCCGGAGGGGAUCGAUCGGAGGGGGAGGGAGGGAAGGAAGAGAGUGGGAAAGACAAACGGGCGGGGCAGCCGGGGUCAUCGAGCUCGUCCUCGUCGACGACGACCGAAGGCUCCGUGCUUUCUCAGUCGGUCCUCCACGACGACCCCGACGACACGUCCCCGGGCGCGCUCGUCCAGCUCUCCGCAGACCGCCUCGCCCACUCCCUCGCCCGCAUCGAACUCACCCUUGCCGACCUCGACAACCAUAAACAGGCCUUCAGACUGGCCCUCCGUUCUCAGAUCCUCGCCCGCACCACCGCCAUCCAGAAACACGAGGUCUUCCUGGCUUCGUGUUCUCAGCGCCAGGAGCUGAUGCGGAAAGACCGUGACCUGGUGAACCAAAUGAAACGGACGGUGAAAGUGUUUGGGCAAGAGGGCCGGAUGGUGGACCAUUUCAAGCAAGCCCUGACCAACGGGAUCUCGCGCCCGCUGAUCAGUCUGCUAGUCUCGAUCCUGACCAAGCUGAUCGGGCUGGGUCUGAAGCUGUUUGCGCUGCACUCGGCGGCGCGUCGGGCGCCUCUGCGGGGGCUGAUCUGUGCGCUGGGGGUGCGCUGGAUAUACACAGUUGUGUGGCGGCAAUGGACGACGGAGGACGGCCGGCUGCUCGCGCUCUGGGCCCGGCUCCCCACGCCCCCCGCCACCCUUGGCCCGUACCUCGCCGCGCUCCGCUCGCUCUGCAACGCCGCGCGCGUCCUGCUCGUCUGUGUCAACUUCUCGCUGCUCCUCACCAGCCUCUGCGCCCUCCUCUCCGCCCUCUUCCUCGCCCUCCUCUCGCCCUCCUCCGCCACAAGCCCUGCGUCUCCCCCGCCCCCGGCCUCCAUCCAUCCGCCGAAUCAUCUCACCCAGCCCCGCCGCCCCGCCGCCCUUCCCUUCCUCCCUCCUCCCGCCUCCUCCCCCGCUCCUUCUUCGACCCAUACCCUUCCUCCUGCCCCCCCACAUCCUCCGAAUCCCAAAAAACUGCCCUAA